AUGUCAGUUCAUUCAAGAAUAAAGCAACUGUGUUUGUUUUGGUAUCCUAUCAGCACCAAACAAACUAUUGUUGUCUUUAUGGGUGCACCUAUUUCAGUAUUGCACGUCAAUGGCAGGAUCACUCAAACAGUUCAACUUUAUUCGAGAUUGCAUCGGAUGUCCUCGUUAACUUCUGAACCACGUGGAUGUUGUAAUUCAGCUUCCACUGUCCUCGUUUUCCCACCAUGCUCCUCGUUUGAAAAGCCUUACGAUCUGGAUAUUGUGAGGAAGAUCGUUGAGCGCGAGGGCUGCCUUGAGGCGCUACAGCAGCUGCUGGCGGAGGCGCAAAAGCCUCAACAGCCUCGAAUCUCCGGGAUAUCCAAAGCUCCAAUUGUUUUCCAGAGUGUAAUCGACCAACUGCGUUCAGUGAGUGUGCAGAUUGUUGAGGACACCGACCAGUGGCAGCAAAAACAGAAAGCUAAAGCGCAGGCUACAAACUUUAAAUGGCGGGGCGUUAACUACUUGCUCAAGAUGACGGCUGACUUGGACUUCCUGGUCUCCUUCAGAGGUGUGCCUCUCCUCGAGUCGCUGCAGGUGCUACGUCUGACGCAGAAUCCGUUCCUUGCUCACAUGCACCUCGACCACCCGAUACUGCGCGAAGAAGAUCAAGAAUCGGCAGUCGAGGUGUUUGGGAACUGGGUCGGCGAUGUCAGUAUACGGCGCGUAUUUUCUGCGUCAAAGCUGCUACUUCGUGAACGGGAAGCUGAAGCUCGCCGUCGACAUAUUCGGAUGGAGCAAGCAUCUGAAAGCUCUGAUCCAUUGAGUACGGACAACGACCCCGCUGCUGGUGUAGUCCCGACUGAACCGCAGCAAAGAACGUCAUCCACACAAGCGAAAGUUCGAUUUGUCAGCCAAAAUGGCGAUGGAGCUUCGCUCGGUACCGCUCCUGCCUCAACUAAGUCUCGAGAAGCUGCAAUGCGCGAGGAUAUUGUGCUCAGCCGUGAGCUAAUUGCGCAAGCAGAACACGAACUAGGUGCCAUGCGAGAUGAUCUUGCCGCUCUCCAAGUACGUCUCGACGGCGCAGUUCUCCCUGACAAACGUCGACAACUUCAGAUUCGGAUCGGAAGUCUCGUCAAUGAUUUUAAAUUCCGUUCAGGAGAUGUGUAUCAGCGCAGGAACGACCUCAAACGAAAAAAAGCAGCUUAUCACGCAAUGAAAGAUCGCAUCGGACCGGAUGGGGACCGUAAAGGUUCUGUUAAAUCGCCAUCGCACUUUCCAAUUGCUUCAGAGUUGAUGCACCGCUAUCAAAAAGAGAAAAUCUACUCUUUUCUUUUCGAGAAAGCUCUCUUGGAGGACGAACAGGUUCGCAAUGAUCUCGUGCUUCGUGUGAAUGCGGCACUGUCUAAUGCCGGAGUGAAUGAGCACAAGCGCAGUGUGAGAUUAUCAACUCCCAGUCGACGACUCCAUAAAGCAUCUGAAGAGCUACAGAACCAGCAACUCGAAGCUCAUUGCGAGGAUACUUUAAGUAUGGAGCAAUGGGGAGUUUACGAGGUGCAAAGUUUCCUGGACUCAUUGGGGUUAGACGACGGCAGCUAUGGUGUCGACUUCCGAGCCCAGGGUAUUGACGGCGCGUUGCUUGCUCAGGCAACAGACCGUGACCUUGAAGAGCUAGGGGUCGGCAUUCGACUUCAUCGAGUUCGCAUCUUGACCGAGUGUAAUAUACGACGAGGUGGGUGCAGUUGA